UUUGCAUUAUCUCCUCAAUCAAAAUCAGAUAUCAAUACAACUCUGAAAAACACCCUAAGCUUUGGCGGCAGCAAUGGACAAGUCCCUCCUAUUGCUUUCUUUACUCUUCUUUCAAUUAUUUCUCUCAGCUUCUUCCUCUCAAUGCCCCAUAGAUCUCACUUACGUCAAUACUUUUCCAUGGGACACGUCGCUAUGCCGAGAACCCGUUCACAAGGAUUGCUGUCAAACUCUUUUGAGUCUCUUUGGCAUGGGAAUGGCACAACAUCUUAGAGACACCUCCAAUUUCCAACUUUCAGACGCAAACACUUCAUCUUCUUGCUUGUCAGAUUUUGAGUCUCGGCUCUCUGCUAUGUCGGUUAGCCCAUCUUUAGUUUCUCAAUGCUUCAAGAACUCGACCCAGUUCGUGGUCAACCCUUUGGGCUGCGCAGGAAUCACCACCGCCAAAGAUUGGAUCGAGAAGGCCGGUGAAACGACGCCGUUGGACCAAUCUUGCAAAAGGGACCUGACGGGGUUAACUAAAUGCAGCUCCUGUGUUGACGCCGGAAUGAAGGUGAAUUCAAAGUUGACAGCUUUGGACCCAAAUGGAACAAAGUGCUUUUACUUGACUGUGUUAUAUGCAGCUGGAAUCGUUAGUGAGUUGGGUCCAAAAGAUCCCAGUACAGCUACUUGUAUUCUGGGCUUGCCCUUAUCAAGCUCAGCAACUACGGACGAGAUAAGCAAGAAAAGCUUAUCCAAAAUCGUUGGAGGGUGUUUGGGGGCUAUCAUUGGCGUGUUACUUGCUGGUGUAUUGAUCAUCAUGUACAGGAGAUGGGAUGGGAAGAGAAGGAAAAAUGCCCAUCAUGAAGAAUUCGUCAGCAGUUUCAGGGAAACUGUUUUGCCCAACUCGGGAGCUAAAUGGUUUCGGCUAUCGGAGCUUGAAAAGGCCACAAAUGGGUUUUCUCAGCGGAAUAUGAUCGGCCAAGGUUCGUACGGUGUUGUAUACAAAGGAACAAUAUCAGACAACACUCCAGUUGCGGUGAAGCAAAUUUUGGAUUUGGAGUCCAAAGGUGACGAAGAGUUCUGUAAUGAAGUAGAGAUCAUUAGCAAAAUACGACACAGAAAUCUGCUUUCACUACGAGGUUGUUGCGUCACAAGUGAUAAUGUAAAUGGUAGAAGAAGAUACUUGGUUUACGACUUCAUGUCGAAUGGUAGUCUCAGCGACCAUUUAUCGAACACAUGGGGAUCAGCAGACCGAAAGAAAGAAAACCAACUAACUUGGCCUCAGCGAAAGAAUAUAAUCCUGGACGUGGCUAAAGGGCUUGCUUACUUGCAUUACGGAGUCAAACCAGCAAUUUAUCACCGAGACAUAAAGGCAACAAACAUACUUUUGGACUCGGAAAUGAAAGCAAAAGUUGCAGAUUUUGGGUUAGCGAAACAAAACAAAGAAGGCCAAUCUCACCUCACCACAAGGGUCGCUGGCACACAUGGCUACUUAGCCCCAGAAUACGCUCUCUACGGCCAAUUAACAGAGAAAAGCGACGUUUACAGCUUCGGGAUAGUGAUUCUUGAAGUCAUGACCGGAAAGAAAGCGAUUGACACAUCAAUCGAGUCAAACCCAUCAGUGAUUUUGAUUACAGAUUGGGCUUGGUCGAUUUUAAAAUCAGGGAAUGUGGAAGAAGUGUUCGAGGAAUCGAUAAGGAAGAAUGGCCCCAAAGGGAUCAUGGAGAGGUUUGUACGUGUUGGAAUUCUAUGUGCUCAUGUUAUGGUGGCUCUCAGGCCCACAAUCAACGAGGCUCUGAGGAUGUUGGAAGGUGAUAUUGAUAUUCCUAAAUUACCAGACAGGCCAUUGCCACUCAGUCACGAGUCGUUCAGAUCUUCUUUUGGGUUCGCUUCUACAACGUCAAUUGGUUCAAGCACCAGAUCGGCUAUGUAAAAAUUUAGGUUCUGGUCGAGAAAGCUCUUUCGAGCUUCUGAUACGUUGCCAAUUAUUUUUUUGUACAUGCACUUAAACCUCGAUUGAAAUUUUGCAAAGAGCGAGAAAUCGAUUACAUAUAGGUCAAUUCUUUGUCUGCUUUCUAUAAACCAAUUAAUAAUCUAGUAUCAUCUUCUAAGCAUGUUGCAUGCUUGGCAACCAUCUGAUUCAAUCUCAAAAUAGAACUUUUCAAGUGAACUUAGUCUACAUAGAAACAACAAAUACAACCCCGCAUAACA